AUGGGCGACCUGCUGCUCAAAGGCUGGACGACGCUGGCGGAGGGCUGCGGCGACUGCAGGGUUCCCUUAAUGCAAGAACAUCAGACAGGUGACAAAUUGUGCUCGAACUGCCAACGACGUGUCACAGGAGGGGAUGUUGCUUGGGGACCAAGGCCGCCACUCGGUAUCAUAUCCAAUGAACACCAGCUUUCUCCUGCUGGACCCUUGCAGUUAGACUACAGGAGCAGUAGAUGUGGGACGCAUAGUCAAGUUCACUCCUCAACACUGUCUGCAAGCAACCUUUAUGCUGACAAAAUCGCCGAAAAGAUGGUGGAGGGCUGGACAUUGACCUGCAUGGCUUGCCUAAGGUGCGUACAGGCACUGGAAACAUGGCAGACACAGCUCGACCAAAGUGAUAUGCUUGGAUACGUCUUAUUUGAAUACCAUGGAUGCCGCUGCUGUACCCCAGUGCACGAGUUGCAUACUGCCAUCUGUGCCAGCGUCCCUAUCAUAGUCCUGCAUGUGGGGCAAGAUGUCGGUCGAUUCAAUGCCUUUGAGGAGCUAUGGCAGGAGCAGGGACCAGAUAAGUGUCGAAUAGGAGCAUUGUGUGAAUGCCGCAAGGGAGACUGCAGCCACCCCACACUGCUCCAUUUGCAGGUGAUGCUCAUGUCAAACAUCUACCCUCCAUUCCAGGUGCCACACUCCUCUUGUACGAAGUAA